UUGCGUUUAACAUGACAGAAAUGUCUAUCAAUCAUACGGCUAUUACCGACGAAACAAUGUAGUUAAAAUGAUUAUAUCCAUAUGUACUCUAUAACAUCAGUUGAAGUAAAAACACCUUUUUGAUGGGAAGUAAAAGCACCUUUUGGAUUGGACAAAAUGAAAAUGUGGAAUAUUCUUCUGGCUUUUUAUUUAGUUUCUAAAAUAUCACAAAUAUCGUGUUGUGUUAACAUAACCAUUGGGCUUUUGUUGGAAAGGUCAGUGGAUGUUGAUUUUCCCUUUUCUAUAAAUCGCACGCGUGGACUAAUUUCUGUUGCUAUAAAUCAAACACAGGAACUCUUGAAAAAUAUUGUAAAUUUGGAUUAUAUCAUAAUGCCGGUUGACGUCCCCACUUGUACCGCUAUGGAGUGGGGAGCAGCAUUUGCAGAGAUGUAUUUCACACACAAGCCACACGUUCUUAUUGGACCAGGCUGUUCACUGGCUGUAGAACCAGUGUCUCGCAUGGCAGUGUCAUGGAACAUUCCUCAUUUUACUUAUGGUGGUUCCGAUGAGUUACUUGGCAAUAAACUGGAAUUUUCUAUGCUGACCCGAACUGGUCUAACCGUUUACGCACAUAUAAACGUCUACAUUGAGCUGUUAGCAGAAUUUGGAUGGACAAAUGUUGCAAUUAUUUACGAUGAAUCGAUGAUUGUACAUAAUAUGACGGGGAAGAACUUGCAGCUAUGAUGUCACGUCAAUGUGAAAUAAAUAAACGCCUACGCCUAUUAUUCAAUUAGGAAACCUUCAGACAGACCCCGUACAUUAAAUCCUACACUGUACCGUUUAACUCAGAAGCUGUUGCACUCAAUGAUGAAUUAGUUAAAGCGUUUAAGACAGCCUCAAGACUGGCUAGAGUGUUUCUUGUAUUUUGUCAUGGUGAUGUGCUGAGAGAAAUGAUUCUAGUCGCAAAGAGAUCUGGCCUGAAGGAAGGAGAAUUCGUCUUUAUUUAUAUGUUUGAAGGACAUGGCUCAGCAACAUUCGGAGAUUACAGUUGGCACAGAGAAAAUUCGACCUUUAAUCAGGACGUAAAGAAAGGUUAUGAAUCGUUGUUUGUGAUAAGACCUAGAAAACCGACAAAUAAAGAAUUCAUCGAAUUUGAACACGAAAUCAAAAGAAGAGCUUACACUGAGUAUAACUAUACUUGGAAGGAAGGCCAUGAGGUGAUGGUAUAUACAUACGGUAUGUAUGACUCAUUUAUUGUUUACCUCUACGCGUUGAAUGAGACUUUGGCAGACAAUGGAGACCCGCGUGACGGAAAAACGAUUGUUAACAGGAUCUGGAACAGAACGUUUCCAGGUAUUGGUGGACCCUUCUACAUAAAUGAUAAUGGUGACAGAGUUGUCGACUACUCUAUUUUAGAUCUACACCCUGAAACAGGAGACUUCUACGUUGUGCGCCAGUACAUAGGACAGAAAGGGGUAUUGCAAAAUAUUUCUAACGUGUCGAUACACUGGCCGGGCUCUGGGCUACCUCCGAAAAAUCUGCCUGCAUGCGGUUUUACUGGGGAGCUAUGCCACUCGUUCCGUUUGGAAAAGUCUGCUGUGCUAGCAAUUUGCCUUAGCUGCGGAAUAGUAAUUGUUGUAAUAGUGGGCUUCAUUAUGUAUAGACGUCAAAAGAUGGAAGCAGCUAUAUAUAGUCAGUGGUGGCGGAUAAAGGCAGAAGAUAUCCAAGUCUACACAGUUACAUCAUUGCUGUCCUUUGGAAGCAAGAGAAAUGGAUCUUUGUCGAUAUCGGUCCGUGAUGCAAACAUGCAGAAUAUUGGCAUAUAUAAGGGUACUUUUGUCCACAUUACAAAACCAAAGCUGGAAACACUCAAUGUUGACCGAAGCCUUUUGCUGGAGCUGAAACAGAUGCGUGACGUCACGUGUGCAAAUCUAACUCGCCUCGUUGGUAUCUGUCCAGAAACGAACAACAUAAGAAUAAUUACAGAACACUGUGCAAGAGGCAGCCUACAGGACAUGUUGUAUAAUGAAUCCAUAAAGCUUGAUUGGGAUAUUCGAAUUUCGCUUAUAAACGAUAUAGUAGAGGGCAUGAAUUAUUUACAUAGAAGUCCGAUUGCUGUACAUGGACGGCUAACAAGCUCAAAUUGUGUCAUUGACAGCCGCUUCGUUCUUAAAAUUACUGGGUUUGGUUUGAAAAGCAUCAGUGAACGAGUCAGCAGAAAAGAACAUACAUAUUCCAAAAGUAUGAUAUGGGUGGCUCCAGAACAUGUACGGGUACAUCCUAAAAGAAUUUCUUCACAAACAGGAGAUGUAUAUAGCUUUGGAAUAAUCCUGUAUGAAAUGUGUACAAGACUUGAGCCGUAUCUCAACGAAGAAUGGUAUUCCUCACUUAACGAUGUCAUAGAAAGAAUAAUAGGAAGAAAUCAACUGACGAGGCCAACGUUUACCAACUCUGAUUUAUAUGAAGAUAUGGCAAUACUGGCGAAAUUAUGCUGGAGGGAGAUCCCGUCAGAUCGGCCACCUUUCUGCGAAAUCAAAAAACUCAUCAAGAGUGCUAAAAUCAAAAGGAAUAUUAACCCAGCAGAAAAUGUUCUAGAUGUUUUGUUGAAGCGCAUGGAACAGUAUGCUAACAAUCUGGAAGGUCUUGUUGAAGAAAGAACUCAAGCCUUCCUUGAUGAGAAGAAAAAGUCAGAAGAACUUCUAUAUCAAAUCUUACCAAAGAGUGUAGCCAAUCAGUUACGGGUAGGAAAUACUGUCAGUCCGGAAGCAUUCGAAUCUGUCACAAUUUAUUUUUCUGAUAUUGUCGGGUUCACUGCAAUUUCUGCGUCAAGUUCGCCCCUUGAGAUUGUGAACCUAUUAAAUGACUUGUACACGUGUUUUGACGCAAUUAUUGAAAACUAUGAUGUUUACAAGGUCGAAACAAUCGGAGACGCGUACAUGGUUGUAUCUGGAUUGCCUGAAAGAAAUGGCAUCGAACAUGUACGUGAAAUUGCUAGAAUGGCAUUAAAGAUUCUCGAUAGUAUCCGCAAGUUUACUAUUCGUCACCAGCCACAUACACCACUCCAAGCACGCAUUGGGAUUCAUUCAGGACCUGUAUGCACAGGUGUUGUUGGAAGGAAGAUGCCACGAUAUUGUUUAUUCGGUGAUACUGUUAAUACCGCAAGUCGAAUGGAAUCUAAUGGAAAAGCAAUGAAAAUUCAAAUGAGCGAACAGUCAAAGGAUCUUUUAGAAUUGCAUGGACAUUUUAUCAUAGAGAAAAGAGGCACAAUAAACGUGAAGGGAAAAGGAUUAACAGAAACGUUCUGGCUACUUCAGGAACAGUUUAUAAAUGAUGCUUAUUUUUAAUUUAAGCAACACUGAAAUGUUACCUUAUGUUAUAAUACUACGUGAAAAGAAAGUGUUUAAGAAACAUUGCAACUCAAUUAUUCCUCUCCGAUCAUAAAAUCAGUAAUUUGCAAAAUGUUAGCACUAUGAACUUUUUGAAAGUGCAUCAAUUACAAUAACAUAGAUAUAAAUAAAGAAAAUUUAGGAAGGAAGUCCAAAGUGAUUCCUUCAAAGAGGAAAUAACAUGACAAUAUCUUUACACAAUAUACAUCCAAAUAUCACUUAUCUUUGAUAGCAUAAUAACAUGACUUUCAUCAAUCACUCUUGUGGAAAAGGUUACGUGAUACAUUAUUUAUUAAAUAGAAAAUAUUUUUACAGGCCGGAUCCAGGUCGGAUUUACACGCCUUUUUGUGAAAUCGGGACGUAAUAUAGGAUGUCCGUCCGUCAUAUUUCGUGUCCGGAGCAUAACUAAAAAACCAUUCAAGUAUUGACUUUAGACUUGGCAUAUCCUAAUGAUGAGACAAUGUGCACAGCGCAAAACCCGAGAUGGUAGGUGAUAUCUUACUUCUUGUUCAAAGCAUAACUUAAAGCCCAUUAAUUAAGUACUGAUUUUAAACUUAACGUAUAGGUAGGUGGCGAUAGCGCAUUAACAGUGUAGGUAGAUCAAAGAUUAAGGUGAAAAAAAUAGCUCAAAUGCCUAAUCCCUCAAUUUGUGUUCAAGUGAAAGGUAUUGACUUGGAGCUUGGAAUACAUAUAGGCGGUGAUGAGACGAUGUUCAGAGUGCAACAACUUACAUUUCAUCCCAAUAGCCACUACCCAUCGCUACAUAAACCACCAGCAAAAAUUUCCCUUUCAGUUUCUUUUACCUUUGCAUCCCGUCAGCUACGCCGCACAAAACCCUCCGACCCACCGAAAUCUCACCAAUCGCCAAAUCACCAUUAUUCUAAGAUCUUGCAAACUGAUCGCGACGUCAAUUAUAUGAUGAGAUAGAUUUUAUGGCAUCUAAAACGGAAGUAGCAUUAGGACAUGCAAUUAAACAUUUACUUAUAAAAACUGAAACCUGUAAACUAAAUCAUUAAUUCGUAUGAUGAGAACAUGUAUUUUUAACUUGUAUAGUAGUUUUUCAGAGGGAUUUGAAACUGCUUCUAACUUGACGAUCAUGGUUCGCAAGACGACGCCGCUGACCAUGUCAGCAAGUAAAAACACUGAUCAAUAAUAUACCAGUAGAGAAAUUAGUUUUAAAUAAAGUAAGUCUUAUUCAAAGAAGUUUUUUUGACAGGCGGUUUAGGCUAAUAAAUAAUUCGUGCCAAAUUUAAACAGCCUCAAAUAAUUUAAUCUUAGAUGUAAACAUAUCUCUACUUACUCUAUUGAUCAUAUGUCAUCAUUUAUAGUGGAAGCGUGUUAUACAGUUAUCAAAAUAAACACUAUGUUUGGAGUAUACAACCCACAGGUAAUAUUCACAAAGAAGGAGCUUCUUGGUCUGUGUAGUUGCAUUAAUUCAUGUUAAUGUGUACAUGUGCUCGGGCAGGUUGCACGUGUAUACAUUUACACAUACUCAUACGUUCUUUCACGUUGUCAAUUCCUGUUGGACUUUUGUCCUUAAUAUUUAGACACGUUUAUCUCAAGCACGCUAUCAGCAUCUACAAUUUAAGACUAUACAUAUUCACAUGUACUAUGACUUAACAAGUAUGUGUUUUAAUAUGGUAACCGUUAUAAAAUUGUAUAUACAGUGAAGCUUUAAUUGAUUCCUUUAUUCGGGUACAUUAUUUGCUUAUCUGAGUUCCGUGACCGAUUUUAACCACCGUUUAGAAUCAAAAUCCCUUUCUUCUUAUGAACAACUUGGUAAAGGCGUUUUCGACAAAAAGAACAGAAAAUGAUUGACAAUAACUGUCAAAGUAAAAGGCAAGAUUAGUCUGUUCAACUUAUCAGGCAAUCUGAAGCUCCUUAUGGUAUUUAAAUGGUUGUCUUGCAGUCCUUUAAAACUGUAUUAUCAGUAAAAGACACAGUUCUCUUAUGCCUUAUAUGGCCUACACAAUUCGGAAAAUUUUCAAAUUCAUUAUGAUUAGAAACAAAUCAUUGUUUGCUACCAGAAUGUUUAUCUACUAUAAUGAAUUUAGUUUUUUAUAAAUUAAAUUAUUAUUUUGUUCAAAACCUGUCACUGAAUAUUGCUGAAAUCGCAGAAUUUUAAGAAAAUGAGCAUUUUUCCCUAUUUAGGUCACAUGUGAAUGUUUUAGUAGUUAGCACACUCAAGGACCACAAAAAUAUUUUGGCCAUUGGUCCAGCUUCUCUCACAGAAUGUAUUGUCAUUUUUUGAUUGUGUCAAAGUGAAAAUUUCAGAUUUGUUUAAAAAUUAGGUUAAAAACUGAGCGUUUCCUAUACCAAUAAUUUUGAAAGUAGUUUCAUUUACGUCAGAUAUUUUCUUUGAUGAUGAAUGAAUUGUAACUUAUUUCGUGCGGUUUGAUAAAUUUAAAAACAAUACUUCUUGAU